UGUACAAUUCUCUGCAAGUAUCCUCCAAUUUUUCAUCUUCGUAUAAAGCCUCGAACCGCUGAUGUCACCUCUCAACAGUUUGUAGAAGCAAUUAUAAGCAUCCAGGCAGGUCCUCAGUAUCCUGAUGAACCGCCAUGUAUAAGUAUAGUUGACUCCAAGGGCCUUGAUGAUCAAAGGCAAAAUAAAUUGACAAGUUGGAUAACAGAAAAGGCUCAUGAACUGUCCUCAUGUCUAAUGCUUGUAUCACUAUGUGAGGAAGCAGUGGAAAGGCUUUCUAGCAUUAAUUACCCUGAUGGAAAUUGUCCAUUAUGUUUGUAUCCAUUGGUUGAUGAAGAGAAAGGGAAUAGUGUUUUUCCAUUUAUGAAGUUGAUGUCAUGUUUUCACUGUUUUCAUUGUGAGUGCAUUUUAAGAUGGUAUAAUUGGCUCCAACAUUUGAAAGACACAGAUGUUACCAACUCCAUGGGCUCAACUACAUCCCCUAGCAAGGCAGAGGUUCAACAAGAAAGUAAGGGCAACUGCCCGGUUUGCCGUAAUGUUUUUCUUGCGAAGGAUAUGGAACAUGUACAUGGCAUGGUAGGAAUGCAAACACAUUGGAUUUCCGAUGGAGUUGGAAUGAACGAUCAAGACAUGAUUCUUCAUUGUGAUUUUGAGAAAAUCAGAAGGAAUAGAUUUGAUGCUAUAUUGAAAAUCCAAGAACAGAAGGGUGGGCUAAUAGAAGCUGAAACACGUGAAGUUGUACGUCCACCAGGUGUUUACCUUCUUCAGCGAUCGACAGUGGAUGAUGUCAAAGAACCAGAUGAUCAUCAACAUGAAAAAGAAGACCCCCCGGGAAAUUCUCAAACAACUUCAUCAUCAAACGGCCAUGCUGCAAAAAAGAACUUCACUAGGAGACAUAAUCCAAGAAAGCAAGUUAGGCAGUGGGUCAAGAAAUAAAAUAUUACCCCCAAGUUAGCACAUUCGAAUCUCUUUAAAUUAGCUAUAUAACUCUCAUCUUUUUCUUUCAUCAUAUGUGUUGUGUGAAUCCUUCACAUGGAAUCUGCUGAAGGAAAUCAUAUUUCCUACUUCUUUGCCAUCUUAAAUUGACUAGUCUGUUAUUUUUUUUUACGUGACACCAAUAAUAUUGGAAAAUAAUUACAACAA